AUUCUUUCCUUUCUUUAAUGGUAGCUGCUAUUAGCUACACCGACUUCUUAUUCUUGUGCUAUCCCAACUGGGUACCUUUUGACAACUGGCCGUACCGAGAACCGUUCCACCGGACAGGAGCUAAAGCUGCAAGCGGGCUGCGAGCGCGCGAGUGGGCUGCAUUCCUUUGUUGACCGCGUCCACCAUUCCUAUUCAUCCACACCUUUUGAUCUCGUUGGGUGAUCACCCAGCGUCGCGCACACCAUGGCAGACAUGGCAAGUCAGUAUCAGAUGUUGGAGGAGUUGGGAAGUGGGAGUUUUGGGACGGUAUACAAGGCGAUUGAUAAAGCUACCGGGGAGAUUGUUGCCAUUAAACAUAUCGACCUCGAAUCGAGCGAAGACGAUAUCCACGAAAUCCAACAAGAAAUUUCCGUCCUGUCGACAUGCGCGAGCCCCUACGUGACACAAUACAAGGCGAGCUUUCUUCGAGGACACAAGUUAUGGAUUGUCAUGGAGUAUCUCGGGGGAGGGUCGUGUCUGGACUUGUUAAAACCAGGCGUGUUCAACGAAGUACAUGUCGCCAUUAUCUGCCAGCAAUUACUCGAGGGAUUGGAAUAUCUACACAGCGAAGGCAAGAUCCACCGGGACGUCAAAGCCGCCAACGUCCUGCUAUCGAAUGUCGGAAAGGUGAAAUUGGCGGACUUCGGUGUCGCAGCACAACUCGUCAACAUCAAGUCUCAACGAAAUACGUUCGUCGGUACCCCGUUCUGGAUGGCGCCCGAGGUAAUCGAGCAGGCUGGAUACGACUACAAGGCGGAUAUUUGGUCGUUGGGUAUUACCGCCAUGGAGAUGAUCAAUGCAGAGCCGCCGCAUGCCAGCACACAUCCUAUGAAGGUGCUUUUCUUGAUUCCGAAGGAGCCUGCUCCGCGACUGGAGGGGAGUCAGUACAGCGGUGCUUUCAAGGACUUUAUCGCGCAGUGUUUGAUCAAGGAUCCGGAGCGGAGGCCUAGUGCGAAAGACCUUUUGAGGCAUAAGUUUAUUCGCAAUGCGGGGAGGACAGAGGCGUUGCAGGAAUUGAUUCAGCGGAAGCAAGAUUUUGAUGCUGGGAGAGGAGCGACACAGAACGUCAAGUAUUAUGCGGAGUCGCUACAUCACGUCGCACAAGAUCAAGACGAUGACGAUGACGACUGGGUAUUCGACACCGUCAAGGCACCCACGAUGAAGAAACCGAAGCAAUCGGUGGAGAUCCUACCCGACGAAGACGACCCGUACGAAUGGCUAGACGAACCCUCACAGAUGAUGGACAACCUACAUAUUUCGACAUCACCGUCAAUGUCUUUUCAAGACACUCCCAGCCCGACAGUACGACGAACGCCGGCCCCAGAUCCGAGUCCAUCGUUACGACGAGCCAAGCGAAAGUCCAGUAACAAACAACCGCUUGGUGUGGACUUGAGCUUCGGCAACACCCCGUCUACCGUUCGUCAAUUCCGUCGCGUGUCCGAUAAAAUCCCGAGCGAUGCCUCAUAUAGCCCUCAAUAUCCCUUGGCUACGGACGAGAACAUGAGUCCCAAGACGCUAUUCUCCGAAUCGAACAGCAAAGAAGCACGGUUGGGUCAACGAGCAUAUAGCAAGGCCGUGGGAUUAUCAUGUCAGGAGGUUCUGGGGACAACUGCGGAUCAAGAAAAGCGCGAUGCGAUUUCGCGACUCGCAGAGGCUUGGAGUGACCUGGAGAUGGUUGACCCUGAGGGUCUAUACCAUGUCAUCCGGGGUAUGAAUGAAAGACUUGGAAGCGACCCGAAAUUAUCCAGCCUCGUCCCACAAGCUCCACCACCCGAAUCUCCCCAGAGACCACGACUCGUCUUGGCCCAGAACAACCCACACCUGAAAAGCCACCGCCGGCGAACGGCAUCGCCGGAAUCCCCAUUACAGCCGGCCCAGCUUGCGGGCCUUCCUGGUCAGCAGAUUUCAGGAAUGGAGCACACCAAGCAAUUAUCGGAUGUGCUCUACUCUCGCUGGGCGGAUGGUCUCCGCAACCGUUGGCCUGCCAUUUAACCCUCCUUGUACGCCUAUAAUCUCGGUCUGCUUCUCGAAAACGUCGAGAAGUUCUUGACUCGUUGUAUAAACCACCUGGCGUUCGAUUCGGUAUAUCUUGGUUACUUAUUCUCGACCCGAUAAUGUUUUGUUCGUGCUGAGCCGUGACUAA